AUGGGGACCCUUCUCAGGGUUGAGUGCUUCUCCUUCCCAAGAACUCUCCCAAUCCGUAAUCGUUUACUUCCCAAUAGAAAUCCAUCUGUCUCAGCCCUAAGAACAAGCCCACCUCCUGUGAGUGAACUUGCAGAAGAGGACGUUCUGCAGGCGUUCUUUAAGGAAAGACAGUUGAAUGGAGACCUUGUAUCAAAAGUUUCGGAUGUGUUUUGGCAGAAGGAAUUUACGAAAUCUGUUGUUGAUGCUGAUGAUGUUGGCCGAUUUGCUGACACUCCUCAACAAGCAGAGCAGGUUGCAGAAAAUGAUGCUGGUGGGUUUUUGAAAUUGUCAAGAACCAAUGAAUGGGUACUAGGUGACAUAUCUGCACCAAUAAAUAAAAAAGCCAUUGCUAAGGCCUUGCAGAAUGACAGUGAAAGAAGAAAGAAACUCAACCUUCUUCAAUAUGAAGCUCUACAGAGGGAGCUAAUGCUAUUAUCUAUUGGUAUUGGAACCGCAUGUACUGGGUAUUGUUUAAUAGCAUUAUCAUUCCAGGCUGCUGUCAGUUAUGCUACGGGAGUUGUUUUCAGUUGUUUGUACCUUAAACUCUUGUACCAGCAAGCAGACAAUAUAUCCAGAGAUGCAGUCCCUCAAAUUUUCAGGCAGAGGAAAACCAAGAAAAUUGGAAUAAGAAGCGAGGAUGUUGAGGAUUUUCUAGAGAAGUCAAUAAAGGGCUGUGGUAUUGCUCUUUCAUCUCCAAGGCUUGUAAUACCAGCAGCAAUAUAUGGAUUGUGGAUUCUGUCUCAUCAAUCUUUUGCCAGCGAUCUCUUUGAUUUCCAGCUUGUGCCAGCUAUGCUUGGGAUGUUUGUCUAUAAAGCUGCUGCUCUUUAUCAAGUUUAUAGAGAUAAUGAAGACUUACAGUUUAUCUUUCCAGAAAAUGAAGAAGGCUUGAAGUUAGUUUCUGAAAGUUAUACUAGUAGCUACCUUAUCCCUGUUUCUCUAGCAAGAUCUGUUCAAAAGCUAGUGGUUCAUGAUUUCGCAGUGAUCUUCAUUCCUGUAGUAAUCUUUCAAAGUGACGCAAGAGCGUACUGGAGGCUUGCUGAGGCCUUGCUGUGGAAAUCGAUCCCAACGUACAGAGAGGACGAAGAUGGUAUGAUCGAAACCUAG